AGUAAUAUUACGGGAUAUCAAUAAUUUAUUUAAUAAUUCAAUUAAACUAAAACCCAAUCUCCAUCCACCACCUCAUGUGACAUGUCAAUUGGCUUCUUCUUCGCUCUCUUUCUCUCUCUAAUCUCCAUCCUCAUUUUCUCACUCACUCAUCAAAUGCAAGAUUCAGCACCGCAAUAUCCCUACUGUAGUUUCUGGUUGAGUUUGCAUAAGUUUCUGUUGAUAAUACAUACUGUGGACUAAUACUACUACUACUGCUCACUGAAAUCUGAAUAAGGUGGACCAAGUUAAAUGGAAGCUGCUGUUGAAACUAAAACUUGUAGUGGUUAUGGCAAACCCCCUUGGAGUUUCAAAGGCAGGGCCCUAUAUCAAUUCCAUCUUGUCAAGUCUGAUCUCGCUCGAUCUCUCAUUCCCAAAGAGUUCACUUUAGUUGAAGCUUUUGGAUACACACUUGGUGGCUUCUUUCUUGCUAACUAUGAUCACACCCCUGCUGGAGUCUUCGACGAGUUAGUGGUGAUUGCGGGAAUUGUUUGGAAUCCACCGACAUCUUGCGCAUGGGCGUCCAAGGUUCUUGUGAACAGCAACGAGGCAUGCAUUCAUGGAAGAAGGGAAGUGGGGCUUCCAAGCGAUGUUGCUAGGUUUACAAAGAGACUCGCAGCAAAUGCAAGGGCAGAGGAAAGCAGAGGUAAUCGGUUCCUGAACAUGAUUGGUUUAGGUCCUGCAAAGCCUAGUUCAAGGUUUCAUUUGGAUACUCAAGUGACUCAAAUAACUAGCCCGGUGAAUUUCAGUAUCAAUCUCCUGAGUUCCGUGCCUGAGAAGAAUUCCAAAGGAUGGCUGGGUCCGGUCAUCAAUAUGUCACUUCCAAGCUUUAGUGGAAGAACUGAAUAUAAUCCCAACCUUCUGAAAUACUCUUGCCAAAUUGAGUGCAGGGUGCGCGUAGUACAACCACUUGAGAUAUCUAGGCUAUCUCCUACAGAUGCAGAAGACCAGAGUUCAGAUUCUACACAGCAAGAUAUGGAAGACACCACAGAAAAAAGAAGACGUUUGAGUCUUUCUGUGAUGUUAUCAAAGCCGAUACUGGCUUUGGAAUUCAAUUGUUUGAACAUGAAUGUUGAACAUCCCCUUAUCAUUUCUCAAUGAAAUUAUUCAUUUGUUUUAAAAAAAAUUAUUUUAAAGGUCA